AUGGACCGAGUUUAUGAAAUUCCUGAGGAGCCAAGUGUGGAUCCGAUUUCAUCUCUGGAGGAAGAUGUUAUCCGUGGGGGCAACCCCCGGUUUACCUUUCCAUUUGGCAUCAUUUUCUCCACCUUUUUGUACUGCGGGGAGGCUGCAUCUGCCUUGUACAUGGUUAGAUUCUAUCAAAAGAAUAGUGAGACCUACUGGAUGGCAUACACCUUUUCCUUCUUUAUGUUUUCAUCCAUUAUGGUCCAGUUGACACUCAUUUUUGUCCACAGAGACCUGGCCAAAGACAAGCCUCUAUCAUUGUUCAUGCAUCUAAUCCUCUUGGGACCUGUUAUCAGAUGUCUGGAGGCCAUGAUUAAGUACCUCACACUGUGGAAGAAAGAAGGGCAGGAGGAGCCCUAUGUCAGCCUCACCCGAAAGAAGAUGCUAAUAAAUGGCGAGGAGGUGAUGAUAGAAUGGGAGGUGGGACACUCCAUCCGGACUUUGGCUAUGCACCGCAAUGCUUACAAACGUAUGUCACAGAUCCAAGCUUUCCUGGGUUCAGUGCCCCAACUGACCUAUCAGCUCUAUGUGACUCUGAUCUCUGCAGAGGUCCCCCUGGGUAGAGCUGUGCUAAUGGUCUUUUCCCUGAUAUCUGUCACCUAUGGGGCUACUCUCUGCAAUAUGUUGGCUAUCCAGAUCAAGUACGAUGAAUACAAGAUUCGCCUUGGGCUGCUAGAAGUCCUCUGUAUCACCAUCUGGAGGACAUUGGAGAUCACUUCCCGUCUCCUGAUUCUGGUGCUCUUCUCAGCCACUUUGAAAUUGAAGGCUGUGCCCUUCUUAUUGCUCAACUUCCUGAUAAUCCUCUUUGAGCCUUGGGUUAAAUUUUGGAGGAGUGGUGCCCAGAUGCCUAAUAACAUUGAAAAAAAUUUCAGCCAGGUUGGCACCCUGACAGUGCUGAUUUCCAUUACUGUUCUCUACGCUGGCAUCAACUUCUCAUGCUGGUCAGCUUUGCAGUUGAAGUUGGCAGACAGGGACCUUGUUGAAAAAGGUCAGAACUGGGGACAUAUGGGCCUGCACUAUAGUGUGAGAUUGGUGGAGAAUGUGAUCAUGGUCCUGGUUUUUAAAUUCUUUGGAGUGAAAGUAUUACUGAAUUACUGUCAUUCCUUGAUUGCCUUGCAGCUUAUUAUUGCUUACCUGAUUUCCAUUGGCUUCAUGCUCCUUUUCUUCCAAUACUUGCAUCCACUGCGCUCACUCUUCACCCACAACAUAGUGGACUACCUCCACUGUGUCUGCUGCCACCAGCACUCUCAGGGCAGGGUUGAGAACUUGGAACCAUCCUUUGAUCCUGAAGAAAGGCAAAGCAUUGUCUGAUUCUAUCUUCUGGGUAUUUGGAAAUGGGUUUAAUGUGGCCAAGAGCAACUGUGAAAUUGAAGGAGAGGAUGAGGCUCAUAGGUGACUACUCACCAGUACAUUUUCUUGAGUUUUCUGGUAAACCUUUCAGAAGGAAGAGCAGCCCCCAAAUAGGGUUUACUUCUUUAAGAUUGACUACUAUGUUUGAGCACAAGGGUAGCUACCACAUAUCCAGGAGGGUCAGAGAUGCAAUUUACACUUCCCACACAGGUCAGCUCUCUCGCCUCCCUACAGAAUACCUUACCUCCAUGCCCCUUAGGCUCCCUAUGACCUUCCAGCUCUGUUCAUUUGCUUAAGGUACAUUAUCAAGCUUUCCCUGGGCUGAGCUGAAGGCCCAGAAUCCAACCAGAAUAUAUCCUGACUGAUCAGAGGAUGUAACCACUUACCACUUAUGGAUACCCCUCAGGAAACAAUCUAACCAAUGUGGAACCUGCAACUGUAAGUGUAGCUGGGGUCUUUAAUUCCAAUGGGAAACUCUGGUUAAAAAGAAAACCCCAACUGUUAAAAGAGCUUCUCCCCAAACAAGUUAGCUCUUCAUUAGGAUUUUACUAAUGACCAUUCAUCAAGGACCACUCCUUUCAGUGGCCCCUUGUAGGCAUAUUCUGAGGAGGCAGUGCAGAGUAGGAUUCCUUCAGGGCAUAUACCAGAAUGAUUGUUUUACUCAGGGUCCUGCAUGGGCCUGCAGCUUGUACAGUGGGGUAAUUGAGUAAAACCUCUCAUUUUGUGCCUCAUUACAAGGGAUUCUCUCCAA